GUUGUCGCGCUGACGGUGCUCACAAGCCUUCCAAAGCUCACAUUGGUUGGGUGUCCUCAGCAGUCGCUCCGCAGCAGCCACUGAAGAAGCAGCAAGAAAACAGAAAAAAAAAAACAGAAAACCCAAAACAGAAAGUCCCGCUAAGAUCCGAUCCGAAAAAGUCCAGAGAAGACCUGCAAGUCGAGCGAAUACACGAGACGUAACAGAUCAUGGCAUUCCGCGUGGCCGGACUCUUCCUGAAGCGGGAGCUAGUGGCUCCCGCUGCCCAGCAGCUCCGCCUGCUGCGCACCUCCAACGCCGCCCGCUCCCAGUUCCUGGCCAACUCGCCAAACACGGCUCUGGACAAGAGCAUCCUGCAGCGCUAUCGCAACCUGGAGACUCCCGCUAACCGGGUUCAGGCCACAUACCUGUGGAUCGAUGGCACCGGUGAGAAUAUCCGCCUCAAGGAUCGUGUCCUGGACAAGGUGCCCAGCUCCGUGGAGGAUCUGCCCGACUGGCAGUACGAUGGUAGCUCCACCUACCAGGCCCAUGGCGAGAAUUCGGACACCACCCUGAAGCCCCGCGCCCUGUACCGCGAUCCCUUCAAGCCGGGCAAGAACGAUGUCAUCGUCCUGUGUGACACCUACAAUGCUGACGGUAAUCCCACGGCCUCCAAUAAGAGGGCAGCCUUCCAGGCGGCCGUCGAAAAGAUCGGCUCCCAGGAGCCCUGGUUCGGCAUCGAGCAGGAGUACACUUUGCUGGACGUGGACGGACGUCCUUUUGGCUGGCCUGAGAACGGUUUCCCCGCGCCCCAGGGACCCUACUACUGCGGCGUGGGCGCCGACCGUGUCUAUGCCCGUGAUCUCGUGGAGGCCCAUGCCGUGGCCUGCCUGUAUGCCGGCAUUGACUUUGCCGGCACCAAUGCCGAGGUGAUGCCCGCCCAGUGGGAGUACCAGGUGGGACCCAGCAACGGCAUGAAGGCCAGCGAUGAUCUCUGGGUGUCCCGGUACAUCCUGCAGCGCAUUGCCGAGGAGUACGGCGUUGUGGUGACCUUCGACCCCAAGCCCAUGGAGGGUCAGUGGAACGGUGCCGGUGCCCACACCAACUUCUCCACGAAGGCAAUGCGCGCCGAUGGCGGCAUCAAGGCCAUCGAGGAGGCCAUCGAGAAGCUGAGCAAACAGCACGAGCGUCACAUCAAGGCCUACGAUCCCAAGGAGGGCAAGGACAACGAGCGGCGGCUGGUGGGUCGCCUGGAGACCUCCAGCAUUGACAAGUUCUCGUGGGGCGUGGCCAAUCGGGCGGUGAGUGUGCGUGUGCCCCGUGGCGUGGCGGCAGCCGGCAAAGGAUACUUUGAGGAUCGCCGGCCCAGCUCCAACUGCGAUCCCUAUGCCGUGUGCGGCGCCCUUGUCCGCACCUGCCUGCUGAACGAGUAGAGGAGAUCGAAAGCCCUAAUGGGGGCGUUGUUGUACAUAGAAUAUAUUGUUGAACUUUGGAGUCCGAAUCCGAUUUGGAUUUCGAUUUCGAUUUCGAUUUGGAUUUGGAUUCGGUGUGCAAAAAGACAGGAGCGAGUAGCAUUUAAGACUCUGGGCGGGCGGGCAGUAAGAAAUCGAACCGAAACCGAAGUAUAUUCUGCCAUAAAUAAUUUACAAAUUAUGUAUACCUUAUCUUUGCUUUAAUCUAAAUAAUAAAAACCCCAAAAUGUACCCUA